GGUGUUUUAGCUUCGUCGGCGUCGGCGUCGGCGUCGGCGUCGGGCCUUCCACUUCUCUGUCGCUGUUAAGUGGUUGUCGUGGAAGAAGAUUAAUUUGGGAAGCAAUGCACUCUCUCUUAUUCUUACCCACUGCGCCCUCGAAGCCAUCAACAUGCGUCCGCGCAAAGCCUCCUGCAACCUUCUUCCUCGCAAAACCGUGCCCCCUUAACGGUCGCUCUUCCCCAUCAUCGUCUUCCGUCUCUUUCUCUGCGGACCCAUUGCCUCUUCCUCCCCUUAUUCUUCGUGCCAGUAACAGAAGCUUUACCCAUCUCGUCUCUUGCAGCCAUGAUCGCCACGAGAUCCUCGCCGAUAGGGGCGGAGUUUAUGAUCGCCUCCAGCGGAUCACCGACUUGCUCUCUUCCGCUUUCCCCUUGUGGGUUUCGUUUGCCUGCUUCUCUGCUCUCCGCCGGCCGUCUUACUUCCUCUGGUUCCGUCGGGAAUGGCAGGUGCUGGGUCUCACUCUCACCAUGCUGGGGAUGGGGAUGACUCUUACCGUCAACGAUCUCCGCGCCGCGCUCUCGAUGCCGCGGGAGUUGCUCACCGGAUUUGUUCUCCAGUACACGGUAAUGCCAUUCUCAGGUGCUGUCAUUAGCAGGCUUCUUAAUUUGCCUUCCCAUUAUGCAGCUGGCCUGAUCUUGGUUGCAUGUUGUCCUGGAGGAACUGCUAGUAACAUUGUUACAUAUUUAGCACGUGGAAAUGUGGCACUCUCUGUCCUAAUGACUGCAGCAAGCACAAUGUCGGCUGUGGUGUUGACUCCUUUCCUCACAGCCAAACUAGCUGGCCAAUAUGUUGCUGUAGAUGCUACUGGACUCUUCAUGUCAACUUUUCAAGUUGUGCUUGCCCCUGUCCUAGUUGGUGCCAUCAUGAAUCAGUACUUCCAUGGUUUUGUUAUGAGACUUUCUCCAUUCAUGCCACUUGUCGCGGUGUUUACUGUUGCCAUUCUCUGUGCCAAUGCCAUCGCACAAAAUGCCUCGGCAAUCCUCAUCUCUGGACAACAGGUUGUUAUGGCCUCCUGUGUUCUUCAUACGUCUGGCUUUUUCUUUGGCUUGCUUCUUUCAAGGUUACUUCGUAUUGAUGUGGCUUCUUCACGUACAAUCUCCAUAGAAGUGGGAAUGCAGAAUUCUGUGCUUGGCGUUGUGCUCGCUGGUCAGCAUUUUAGCAAUCCAUUGACUGCUGUUCCAUGCGCCGUCUCUAGUGUUUGCCAUUCUGUCAUUGGCAGCAUUUUAGCUGGUAUUUGGAGAGCUACUACACCCGAUGACAAGAAAGAAUGAUGUCAGAAAGUUUUGUACUUUGUUAAUGUUAGAAAAUAAUUUAGUGGAAGCGUAUAACUUCUACAGCUUGCAUAGGAUUCUUAGUUUGCACAUUUCAUUGUGACAACGGAUUCUGUAUUCCCUUACUGGAACUUGGCAAAGAAAAGGCGGGAUGAAAUUUGAUUUUGGUAA